AUGUUCCCAGUUGCUCAUAGCGGCGGCGGCGCGCAGAAAUCCAUGAUUAUGGUCCUUGGACUACCCGUGGACCUCUGCAAAGCUGAGCCAACGGGCGCGCCACAGACGGACAAAGCGAGCACACCCAUUUUCGAGCUCACACUACGCUCACCCACACCCACCCGAAGUGCCCACCAACAACCCACCCAUGCCACCACUACCUCUCGCCAUGCAUCACGCGUGGAUCUGCAUCACGAAAACGAACGACUACAGGUAAUAUAUCCAAAUUCGAUGCAUAUGGGUAAUCAUGCAGGCUUGUCCCGUCCUCUGCUGCUCACUCCGAACAGCUGCAUGCGUCAAAUGCCACCUGCCGCGUUACUAUCAUCGCGACAUCUGGUGAUGGUCUACAUUAGAGAGGCAUCGGAAAGUCGGCGACUAGCUGCGAUGACUACAGUAACGAUAUCCAAAUCGCCCGGCGUCUUGUGCAUGUACAUGUAUUUGGUGAUCCACAGUACAGCAUCGUCCACGCUGACUUGA